GGACAGAGCGGCUGUGGCUUCCUGGAGAAGCUUCUAAUUUACGAUCUAAUAUUGUUAUAUAUGAACGAAGAUUCGUCUUCUCUAAAGCCCACGAAACAGAAGUUGAGUUUGGAGCGAUGGAGUGUUAUCUAAAGUGAAAAUUGAAGAUUUGAUAGAAGAUGGACGACUACUGCCACGCUAAGAUGGCGACGUCAUGUAAAAGAGAAAGUGAAAGAGAAUCAGCGCCACCAACUUCCAGCAAAUCACCAACGGAGAUAAAGACGAAAGAUGAAGACGCCCAGCAGCUCAUCGGUCAUUCAGAAGAACUUACCCCUCAGCCGCUGAAUGAGGGCUCCACUUUAAAGACGGAGCACCCAUGGCCCCCCCACAUUAAAGAGGAAGAGGAGAAAGUUUGGAUAACGCAGGAGACUAAUCACAACCAGUUGCCACGGACUUUUGUCUCUGUGAAGACUGAAGAUGAUGAAGAGAAACCACUGAUUGGUCAUCCAGAAGAACUUCCACUUCAGCCGCAGGUUGAGGGCUCCUCUUUGAAGCAGGAGCGUCCGUGGCCCCCCCACUUUAAAAAGGAAAAGGAUGAGUCAUGGAUAACGCAGGAAGCUGAUCUCACCAAGCUACCACUGACUGGUGUCUCUGUGAAGACUGAAGAUGAUGAAGAGAAACCACAAGUAGACAACCUCUUAGCUCCACUAUCAGAUAGUGAGGCUAAAGACGACGUUGAAGAACCUUCAAGCAGCGAUGGACAUUGUGAAGGUGACAUGAGGACUCACACUGACAACAAACACUGCUCAAAAAAUGACAAAAGGGAUAUAAAAUGUUCUAUUUGCUCAGUUUGUGGCUUUACUCAUAAGAGCCAUUUGACUGGACGCGUGAGAACACACACAGGAGGGAACCCAUUUAGUUGCUCAGUGUGUGGGAAAAGCUUUUCUACCAAGAGCCAUGUGACAGCCCACAUGAGAACACACAAAGGAGAGAAACCAUUCCAUUGUUCAGUUUGCGGUAAAAGAUUUUCUCAUAAGAUCCAUUUGACAAAACACAUGGGAACGCACACAGGAGGGACACCAUUUUAUUGCUCCGUUUGCGGAAAAGGCUGUUCUACCAAGAGCCAAGUGACAAACCACAUGAGAACGCACACAGGAGAGAAACCAUUUUAUUGUUCGGUUUGUUGUAAAAGAUAUUCUCAGAGGAGUGACAUGACAAAACACAUGAGAACGCACACAGGAGUGAAAGCAUUUACGUGUUCGGUUUGUGGUAAAAGAUUUGCCCGCCGCACAGAUUUGCCACGACACAUGAGAACACACACAGGAGAGAAAUAUUUUAAUUGCUCAGUUUGCAGUAACAAAUUUUCUUCUAAGACCAGUCUGACCGAACACAUGCGAACGCACACUGGAGAGAAACCAUUGUUAUGUUCAGUAUGUGGCAAAAGAUUUUCUCAUAAGUCCUCUUUGAUGGGGCAUAUGAAAACACAUGCAGGAGAGAAACCAUUCAAUUGUUCAGAUUGCAGUAAAAGAUUUUUUCACAAGAAUGAUUUGACAAAACACAUGACAACACACACAGGAGUGAAACCAUAUAAGUGUUCAGUUUGUGGUAGAAGAUUUACCCGCCGGACAGAUUUGCCAAGACACAUGAAAACACACACAGGAGAAAAACAUUUUAAUUGCUCAGUUUGCAAUAGCCGAUUUUCUUCCAAGAUCAGUCUGAAAGAACACAUGCGAACGCACACGGGAGAGAAACCAUUAAUAUGUUCAGCUUGUGGUGCAAGGUUUUCUCAUAAGUCAUCUAUGCUACGUCAUGUGAGAACACACGCAGGAGACAAACCAUUUGAUAGUUCAGUUUGCGCUAAAUGAUUUCUUCACAAGGAUGAUUUGACAAAACACACGAGAGAACACACACACAGGAGGGAAACCAUUUAAAUGUCCAGUUUGUGGUAAACGAUUUACCCGCCGGACAGAUUUGCCAAGGCACAUGACAAUACACUCAGGGAAAAAACCUUUUAAGUGCCCAGAUUGCAGUAACAUAUUUUCUUUUAAGAUUAGUUUGACAGACCACAUGCAAACACACACUUGAGUGAAACCAUUUAAUUGUUGAGUUUGUGGCAAAAGAUUUUACCGUAAGUCCGAUUUGCCAAAACACAAGAGAACACACAUGAGAAACCAUGUAGUUGUUCAGUUUGUUAUUUAAGCUUUUCUGACAGGAGAGAUUAUAUCAACAUUUAAAGAAAUACUACGUAGUAUUCAUUCAGUUUUUUAGAACGUGGUAUAAGUUGCUGAUCAUUCAAGUAGUGAUGCUAAUUAUGCCGACGGUGUGUGCGAUUGUCAAUCAAUCGUCACAAUCGAGGUGGGAGAGAUAUUACCAGUUGGAUUUGCAUUCCUAAGUGUAGUUGUGAACAACGGAAGUGGCAUCUGGUAUAAGAUUAUCACUUUCUAGGUGACUUCUCACUCGUGACGUUACACUUCUUUGGUUUGACAAUCUCGUCGUACAAACUGAACAACUGGAGGGAUUUUUUGUUAGUGCUAAAUUAUUUUAUCUUAUUCAAAGACUUUUAAAAUGUUCCGUAUUCAGUGCGUGUUUGCAUGUUUUAUCAUAGUUGUCUUGUGAGUUCAUCUGUUCUAGUUAACUCAGCACGAAAUUUUUUUCUCCUGUGAGUUUGAGUGAUGCUAAAAACAGCAGCUACACAACUUUGGUUGGUUGAGAACAACAUUCCUCACCUUCCUUUUGGAUUACAGAAGUGUACAUCAAUGAUCAUGAAAUUGUGUUUGUGUUGUGACAAUGUUGUAUAGUAGCGUUGUACACAGACACGCGCAACUUUGUAUUAUAUCUUUGUAAAUACUUGUGCUACAACUCCUGCUGUAACCUUUUUAUAAAAUAUACUUGAGACAACAAUUGGAUAACAAUCUUAUGCAAUGAGGAGCUGAAUGAAUUGUAUAUAUUUUUGUUUAUUUGAUAUAAUGAUGACUCAGUCAGUACUAGUGUUAGUGCAGCAGAUGGCACCAUUUUGUAACAGAGCAAUGACGUAAUGCUGACUAUAUAUGGUCGGUCGUGACUCCAGGAUGCAGAGACUGCAGCCUAAGUCCAGGUAAAACUUGACUGAUGAGCUCAUUAAGUGGCUUGUUUUUUGUUGUAUUCAAAUAGUGCCAUCAGGGUCGUG